CUGCAAGCAGCUUUAUGCUCAACUUUCCUGAAGGAAUACCAACAAAAGAUUCAGAAGCUGCUUGCUGCACUUGUUUGAAGUCGUCUUCAGUCAGAGCGAAAGCAAAAUUAAUUGCUUCUGACUUCCCAGAAGGGAUCCUGCAAGGCUCGCUUAAGCAUACAUCCUCUUCCCUCCUGCAUAUACAACUAUCGAUACAGCCUGUUUGUGUGUUCAGAAAGAUUCAGAUGCUGCUUGCUGCACUUGUUUGGAGUCGUCUUCGAAGGGAUCCUGCAAGGCUCGCUCUAGCAUACACCCUCUCUCCUCUAGCAUACACCCUCUCCUCUCUUAUAUACACAGCUAUCGAUACAGCCCACCUGUGUGUUCAGAAAGGUUCAGAUGCUGCUUGCUGCUCUUGUUUGGAGUCAUCUUCAGUCAGAGCGAAAGCAAAAUUAACUGCUUCCGACUUCCCAGAAGGAAUCCUGCAAGGCUCGCUUAAGCAUACACCCUCUCCCCUCUUACAUACACAGCUAUCGAUACAGCCCACCUGUGUGUUCAGAAAGGUUCAGAUACUGCUUGUUGCACUUGUAUGGAGUCGUCUUCGGUCAGAGCGAAAGCAAAAUUAA